AUGGCGACUACACAAGAAGAGGAAUAUCCUCUGUACGCAUUCUCUGGGCUUCCAACACAUACACCGACUUACCAAUCCGGCCACUUUGCGAUGCCCCAGGUCGAUAGCAGCUUCAACUCAUACAACAUUGAGCAGAACAGUGUUUCUGAAGCACCCUCCAACUACAUCCUAGAAUCACAUAACUCCUCAAAGUACACAAAACACAGUGUACAGCUUUCGACACCUCUCUAUUCGCCGACCAACACCUCUGCUAACUACUUCGAUCUCCGACCAAACCGUUCGGUCAAGUCCGAGUCGGCUGCUUCGAUGCUUUCCUCGUCCAGAGGGUCUCCCUUGAUGGGGUUCGAGUCAUCCUCGGCCUGGACUCCGGUACACGGAGUCGGCUCCAGCGUCCUCCAUCAAGGACAGCUCAAUCAUCAGAUGCUUGUCAAUGAUACUUUCAACUAUGCUGCCCUCUCACUGCCCGAGAAGCCGGGAUGUAGCCAGUCCUCGUUGGACUCUGAGGAGAACAAGGGUAUCUGUCCUAUUGCAUCCUGUGGUAGACACAUCAAGGAUUUGAAAGCACAUCUGCUCACCCACAAGAAUGAGCGACCCGAGAAGUGCCCUAUUACCUCAUGCGAGUACCACGUCAAGGGCUUCGCUCGAAAGUACGACAAGAACAGGCACACUCUGACCCACUACAAGGGCACGAUGGUCUGCGGUUUCUGUCCAGGAAGCGGCAGUUCCUCAGAGAAGAGUUUCAAUCGUGCCGACGUCUUCAAGAGGCAUCUUACCUCGGUACAUGGUGUCGAACAGACCGCACCCAAUGCUCGUAGGAGAAGUGGUGGAAGCUCAGGCUCUAAAACUGCCCACAACAAGAUCGGCAUCACUGGCAUGUGCUCAACUUGUGGUGUCGCGUUUGCCAACGUCCAAGACUUCUAUGAGCAUCUCGACGACUGCGUCCUUCGAGUCAUCCAACAAGGUGACCCUUGUGAAGCCAUCAACGAGCGAAUCUUGAGCUCGAUGGUCGAUGACCAACAAGUCAGAGACACCCUGGGUAGACACUCUUUGAGCAGCCCUUCGAGCCUUACUGGCCCCCUCGCCUUUACCGAUGAAGACGAAGAUGAUGAGGACGAGGAGCGACACAUCAAGAACGAGAUGGUCUCUCCUGUCCUUUCCAAGAGGAGCGUCAACGAUACAACUCGCCAGGGAAUGACCUACUCCAAAGGCGGCGUUUCUCUUCACUCUGUUACAAAGAACAACAAACGCCGCAAGGACUACCCUCCUUCUUGGAACGCACCCCCAGAGAAGAUGAAGAUGAAGAAGAGAGUCUUGUGUGUGUUUGAUGGGCCGCGAAGACUUUGGAAGGAUGACCUGAUGCUCGGUCUCGACAACCAAGUGCGAGAGCCUCUCUCUGGUAGAAACUGGGUCACCAGCCUGGACGUUCAAACUCUUCGAAGGGCUGAGGGCAUCCUCGAAGCGACAGAAGAAGAGAAAGGCUCAUGGUUGGACGAGCAAGGUAAUCCCUUCCUUUUCGCAACAGCCUUUUGA